UCAGAUGGUAAUGACAUCCAAGUAUUCCUUUUGAGCUCAUUCUCUGUGUACUACUCUUCUUGACAUCCAAACAUUUUUUUCCUACCGAAUCUGACCGCAGUUGUGGUCAGAUACUUGCAGAAGGACAUGCUUUGGCAAUCAGCGAGAAUGAGGGAUCGUAAGGACCGUUUUUUUUUCCUGGCAUUGCUCUCAGCGUUGAGGAAAUGCUCGGCUGUCGACGUACAGUUCACCGUUGCUGUCAUUAUCUUCCUUUGGAUCUCCCUUGCUGUUGCACGGGCCGAAAUCAACGGCUCUGAUCUGUUGAUGUUGUUGCCUCCUCAAGGCCUCAUGAUGCCUGCGGAGAGCCCUGCUGAGACAGACCCCCCAUUUGCCACAGACCUUCCCGCAACCAAUCGGACACUAAGCCAGAUCGAUCUAGCACCAUCGUACACCUUCCAGGUGGCAGAGGCCCCAGUUCCGACACCGUCCCUCAUCUCCUCCCCUGUGCUAGGCAGAGAAAUGGCCAGACAUUCUGGGCCGCGAUGGCAGAAACCUGAGCCACCACGUCCAUCCGCACAACAGGUAACCGAAGACGCCGCCUACAAGCCUGCACUGCUGUUCAAUUCCUCAAAGUAUAAGACGAAGAAAGGAGGAUUUCACCAUGCAAACGAGGAUGAUGAUGAAGACAACCCAACGGGAUAUGCAGGCCCUGGCAGCCCGCCACGACCGCCACUCCCGCUGCCAUCGCCACCACUGCUGCCGGGCCCACCUCCGCCGGAAGAAGAAGGCGGAGGAGAAACGGGCGACGACGGUUCCGAUAUGUGGAAACAGCCACCUCCUGCAGGGGAGGGGACAGGUGGAGAGUCAGACUAUGGCGGUGGCAGUGAUGGCACUCCGGGUAGCGGUGGAGAUGAUGGGAAUGUGGUGCUCCCUCACACCUGCCCCAUUGACUGGAACAAUGUGCCAGCCAAGGUGGACGCCACUGGCAAGAAUAAAGUCCAUUUGACUGGGCUGCAGGCAUGUGAAUGUGACCUGACGGCCAUCGGCUGCGACCCGAAUUGCUGCUGUGACACCCAGGACUGCAGGAAGACAGAAACCGCAUUGUUCACAGGGUGCUUGCCUGAGGGGCGCCCUCCCCCAGCCCUCCACUACUGCCUUCCCAGGUCUUCGGUCGCAAAGGUCAACCUCAAACACUCAGGAGGCCUCGCAGUGGUUCGCUCGGUGUCGCCUAGCGGUGGAUUGAUCAGCAACCAGUUCUGCAUUGCUAGAGACAAUAACCCUGAGCUGGGCCACUUCUUCCUCGACCCUCCGCCCGCCGAUUCCGAGGCCAUGGAGUAUGCCAUCGCCUCGUCCCCGGUGUACAGUUCGUUCUGGCGUGCACCGGCGAGGACCGUGAAGUCGUCAACCACCAUCGAGUUGAGAGUGAAUGACAGUAUCCCAGCUGCACACAUGGCGGAGUCGACGCGUGGUGGGGCUCGGCUCAUGCCGGCCAACAACUGGGGUGUUUGGGCUCUUCCUUCUUCGCUUGCCAGCGGGUACUGCAGCCCGGUCCAUCCUGUGGGCUUCCUCAACGAUGUCGAAACUUCUUGCACCAUCGCUACUACGGCUGCUAACCUACCGUUUGCUUGCACCAAAUUUCUCGACGGCAGCCACUUUGUCCGGACCCUGUGGAUCGGCAGGAACGGCCAGGCCUGGCCACCGAACCAGGACAGGUUUGUGCCAGUUCAGCUAAUUCGGGUAUUGCAGUUACAUCCGGCGACAGGUGAUCUCAUAACUGUGAAUGUGGGCUCCUUUGCCAACUCUUUCCCUUCAUCUGUCUACGAAGCAGGGUCGUCAACCUGCCGGAACAGUCUUGCCGAGGCAGCAUACAGGGUGAUACAUGAUGGGGCGGGCAGUGUGGUCGGCGUGGAUGCAACCUUGACUGUAACCGAGGUGCAGGCAAACAUUUAUGGACUGGUUGUUGCUCCGCAGCGAUUCUCCGUUAAGUUUUAUCGACAAGGGACUGUUGAUCUUGUUCGUCCCAGAAGUGGGAACCCGGGCUACCGACACGGCCUACCGGUCCUAGCAGGGGUCAGAACGGACAACGCCCAGACAAAGAAAGUUGCAGUAGCGUGUUUUGUGGAUGGACUUCCCAUACCAAAAGGAAACCCUGUCACUGGCCUUUGCUCCCCAAGUCAACGGACGCAUGUGAAGUUUGGUGGGAACGCAAUGGUGUCAUGUAGCAUUUCCAUGACGAGAGCACAACUCCGUGACUUCUGCUCCGGAGCCAUUGGCUCAGCGAUCCCAUCCAGACCAGCCAUCUCCAUCCAGCUCCUUACCGGGCUUCUCUCCUCCACAGGGCCAAGAAUCCUUGUUGGUAGAUGGGGAAGCUCGGACCCGAACAACGUGGACGAGUGGUUGGACCUGGUGGUGGUCCCCACUCAAGAUGUCAUGAAGUGGAGCGAGGAAAUGUCUACUUGCUCGCAAUUGGUCUCCGGACUAAGGUUUUGAGUUCGCAGAUGAGAGAAAAAAAACACGCGCCUGCGAAGAAUGCACCCCCCCGA